AUGGAUCCGCCGAUGCCGAUGUCCCUUGUGUUCCCGUCGAUCGAUCCGCCCAAGCCGGCGGCCGUCCUCUCCAUGGAUCUCCUGCUGGAGGAGGCUCUCCGGGCCAUGGCGCGCGCGGCGGAGCAGUUCCGCUCCCUGGGCGAGAAGCAGGCCAAGCGCCUCAUGGUCGCCGGCGCCGGGGGCGGCAAGCUGCGGGAGGUGGUGACCCAGCUGGAGCAGGUCCGCGACCUGCUCGGGGGCGUCGACGACGGGAGCAGCUCUCCGGCGGCGGCGGAGUCCUUCUACGGCAUCGACGACCUGCUUGAUGAGAUGGAGUACCACAGGAUCGCCUUCCACCUCGAAGCCUCUCCAAAUACAAAUCCAAAGGUCAGCAAUCCCCUCACUUCUGCCCUCAGGCUGGGCAGGCGAUUCCUUAGCAGCAGCAGCAGCAGCAGCAGCGAUGGGGCGUCCCGCUCCCGGUGGUUCCUCAAGGAUCUGGAUUCCGUCGCAACCACUCUGGCCACUCUGGCCACUCUGCUCAACCAAUUCCAAGGAUCCAGUCUGCCGCUUGCCGUCUCGGAUGCGGCGCCUCAGGACAACAAGGUGUUUGGCCGCAGCAGGGAGCUCAAUGACAUCGUGCAAAUGCUGACAGAGCCGAUGCCAUCCCACACCACUGGCUGCAAGAUAAUCUCCAUUGUUGGCUUCGGCGGUUUGGGCAAGACCACGCUCGCCCAGUCGGUCUACGACCACAUCGGGGUUAAGGGCCACUUUGAUCUUACAGCAUGGGCACAUGUCUCCGCCAAGCCUGACAGACUGGAACUAGCAAAUCAGAUACUGCGUUCGGCCAGCCCAGCCUACCGUGGAUCCAUUGACAAAGAUGCCACCUUCGGAGCUCUUCAGUCGCAACUCACUCAACUUCUGGCAUCCAAGAGAGUCCUGCUUGUUCUCGAUGAUGUGUGGGAUGUGGCCCAAGAUACAUGGCAAGAACUCCUCAUUCCUCUUAAAUCUGCCCAAAGUGGGAGCAGAAUUAUUGUGACCACCCGAACACCAAAGGUUGCUGACAUGCUCGGUGCAUCUCACACCUACCACCUGAAUCCACUGGGCAUCGAAGAUUGUUGGUCCUUGUUCCACCGAUAUGCUUUUGGGGGCUGGAGCACACAUGAUUCCAGUGAUGAACUGGAGCAGAUUGGGAGGGUGAUUGUUGCUAAAGUCCACGGAUUGCCUUUGGCUGUCAAGGUGCUGGCAGGACUGCUUGGAGCUACAAAGAGCACUAAGUACUGGCGUAUUAUCUCGGAAAAACAAUUUUCCGGAGAUGCCACUCUCUCCUCGCUGCGUUUGAGCUACAGUUACCUGCCAGGACGACUUAAGCAAUGCUUUGCAUUCUGCAGCAUAUUUCCCAGGAACUGGAAGUUUGACCAAAGAACCAUGAUCCGCCUUUGGAUGGCCAAUGGUUUUAUACAGUCCCAAACCGACACUGGUAAAAGGAUGGAGGAUCUGGGCACAGAUUAUUUCAAUGCUCUCCUAUCUCGGUCAUUCUUCCAAACUCUUAGGCAGGGCCCUCGCACACACUGUAUCAUGCAUGACCUGAUCCAUGAUCUUGCAGUGUCAGUUUCAACCAAUGAUUGCUUUCAUAUUGAGCCUGGCAUGACCCGUUCUAUCCCCUCAACGGUGCGCCAUAUCUCGGUCACUACGGAUGGCGUACAAGACAUCAAUGCUGCCAUCAACAUGCUACCGAAAAAGCUGCGCACCUUGUUAGUUCUGAGAACUCGUUCUUUCUCCUCAUAUUGUCUUCAAGGAGACUUCUUAGCAAAGCUCAAGACUUUGCGGGUGCUUGAUAUUAGCCACUCUGACUACACUGAAUUGCCAAGAUCCAUUUCCUGCUUAAUCCAUCUCCGUUACCUGUCCUUGUGUCGGACCAUUCGGAGUCUUCCAGAGUUGACAAGCAAGCUGCUCCAGCUACAAACGUUGCACUUUACAGACAGGUGUUCCCUUGAUAAGCUUCCAGCAGGAAUAAGUAGGCUUGUAAAGUUGCGGCACCUUGGAAUCGACAUGAAGUACAUUGCACAGGUGCCAGGCAUUGGUCAGCUUAUUAAUCUGCAGGGAUCUGUUGAGUUCUGUGUUAAAAAGGAGGGAGGGCAUGCCUUGCGGGAGCUGAAUGGCAUAAACGGUCUCCAUGGCCAACUAAAAAUUAAAGGCCUUGACAAUGUUUUGAGCAAGGAUGAAGCCACCAAGACCGACAUGAAAAGAAAAGAGAAUCUCAGGGCGCUGAGACUGGAAUGGAGUUCAGCUAGUAGAAUUCUCACCCCUGUGACUGACUAUGAAGUACUAGAAAACCUACAGCCACAUCAAAACUUGAAGGAACUUCACAUUGUGAGGUAUCUUGGCACAACAGCUCCGAGUUGGUUACAGUAUGCUGCGCUGAGGGAGCUGCAAUCCUUGCACCUUGUUAAUUGCAGGAGCUUGGGCGUUCUACCUCCACUGGGGCUCCUGCCGUCACUCCAACAAUUACACAUGAAGGAGCUGUGCACAGUUAAACGAAUUGGACAUGAGUUCUAUGGUACAGUUGACUUGUCAUUUCCAUCCCUGAAGGUUCUUGUGUUUGAUGACUUUCCCAGCUUGGUUGAGUGGUCUGAAGUGAGGGCCGAUCCAUUUCCUUGUCUGCAGAAGCUAGAGAUUGUAGACUGCCCAAAGUUGAUUCAAGUUCCUGCAUUUCCCCCAUCUGUCUCUGAACUUACAGUGGAGCGAACAUUGUUGAUAUCCAAUAUGAGGCUUGCUCCAUAUUCUUCGUCAAGAUUAGAGAUACUCACACUGAGUGUUUCCACAACUAGUGUACUUUGCAAGGGACUAUUCCAUCAAAGCCAUCUAGAAUCUAUUGUGGUUUUAAACAUAAACGCUGGCUGCAAGCAGCUUGUUUCUGCUGAGGGACUGCACACCUUUACGUCUCUCCAAAAGCUUCAGCUGUGCCACUCUGACAUAUCAGAUCAGAAUUUGGGAAGUCUUCUUCAGGUGCUGCCCUCUUUGUACUCAGUUGAGAUGAUAGAUCUGCCCAACAUGACAUCUCUUCUGGUGCCAACAAAAAAUAAUUUGUGUACUACCGUCACGGAGUUGCAAAUAUCAAACUGUCCACAGCUCUCUUCUAUAGUCUCCUUGGGUACUUUUGUUUCACUGAAACGUUUGGUGAUUGAGAAAUGCCCCAAACUGACGGCAGCAUCCUUCCCAGUAAGUUUUUGGAGACUCACAGCCCUCAAGGUUCUGAGUAUAUCAUACUGCACAGAGUUCCAGUCCUUGCCUAGUUGUGGUCUGCCAACCUCAAUAGAAGCACUUCAUCUCGUUGGGUGUCACCCAAAGCUGCAUGAAAAUUCAAGCAACAGAACUGUCAAUUCCUGA